GUCGGAGCUUUUAAAAGCGUCUCCAGGGUCCGACGGGCGCGAGGACGCGGCAGUUGCAUGGGACUGAGCCGCACAUCAGGUUUGGAACUGCGCCAUGCUGGACGCAAUGGACAGAGACAUGGAUGAUGAGCCACGGGUGAAGAGGAACAUUCACGAGAAGGUGUUCGUCAACCGGAGCGUGACACUGGAAAACAUCAAGUGCUACGGCUUCGACAUGGACUACACGCUGGCAAUAUAUAAGUCUCCAGAAUACGAGAGUCUGGGCUUCGAGCAGAUGAGGGACAGAAUGGUGUCCAUCGGGUACCCCCAUGAGAUCCUGCGCUACACCUACGACCCCAGCUUCCCCACGCGCGGCUUAGUGAUCGACACCGCGCACGGGAACCUCCUGAAGGUGGAUUCCAACGGCAACAUCCUGGUUUGCAGCCACGGCUUCCACUUCCUCAAAGGAGAGGACAUACACAACUAUUACCCCAACAAGUUCAUCCAAAGGGACGACACCGACCGCUUCUACAUCCUCAACACGCUCUUCAAUCUGUCAGAGACCUACCUCUACACCUGCCUCGUGGACUUCUUCACCCGCUGCAACAGAUACACAAACCUCCCGAAGGGCUUCAGACACGGCGACCUGUUCAUGUCCUACAGAAGCAUGUUCCACGACGUCCGCAACGCCAUGGACUUCAUUCACGACACGGGGGCACUGAAGGAGCAAACCAUCAAGAAUCUGGAGAAAUACGUCAUCAAGGAUCCCAAAAUCCCGUUACUCUUGACCCGGAUCAAAGAGGUGGCCAAGGUUUUCCUCGCCACAAACAGUGACUACAACUACACCGAGGCUAUAAUGAAAUACCUGCUCGAAGGUCACCCAACUCCUGGAAGUCCGAAGAAGUCGUGGCGCUCCUUCUUCGACCUGGUGGUCGUGGACACCAGGAAGCCGCUGUUCUUCGCGGAGGGGACGGUGCUGAGACAAGUGGACACUGACACGGGGAAGCUGCGUAUUGGGACUUACACAGGAGGCCUCCAGCACGGAACCGUCUACUCUGGAGGAUCCUCUGACAUCGUCUGUGAGCUGCUGCUCGUCAAAGGGAAGGACAUCCUCUACAUCGGGGACCACAUCUUCGGCGACAUCCUCAAAUCGAAGAAGCGCCAGGGCUGGAAAACCUUCCUGGUCGUCCCGGAGCUUUCCAGGGAGCUGGAAGUGUGGGAGCAGAGGAGAAAUCUUUUCGAGGAGAUGAAGCGUCUGGACGGCUUCUUGGCCGAAUUCUACAAGCAUCUGGGGAACGACAGUCAGGAGUGCCCUGACAUCAGAGCCAUUAAGACCCGGAUAAAGGUGCUGACCUACAGGAUGGACAUGUCCUACGGGCAGAUGGGCAGCCUCCUGCGCAGCGGCUCCAGGCAGACGCUGUUCGCCAGCCAGCUGAUGCGCUACGCGGAUCUUUACUCGUCCACCUGCAUCAACCUGCUGCACUACCCCUUCAACUAUCUGUUCGUGGCUCCUCCAGUGCUGAUGCCUCAUGAAUCAGCAUCCGACUUCGCGGCCCAGGAUCUUCCGAACCACAGUGUGAUGAUGAACACCUACUGAGAUGUUCCAGGUGUGGUUUUUCCCCCCCGCGCGUCGACCUGAAGCACCAUGGACAGUUCUCAGCGAUGGAGGCGACUCCCUGCACGCGUGCACGUCUGCAGGCUGGGCUGCAGCCGUGACGCGCCUCCACACGAAACGAACCGCUCCACCUGCUGGACACGGGCCGCCAUGUCUCAUCAGGUCCACUCCACGAGCCCACAGAUACAGGAUUGUAUAGCUUUUAAAGCGCAAACUCAGGGUUAAUUGUAAAAUGGUGUUUUUCAGUUCUUUGUUCAUAAGUUUGGUGCAUGUGAACUUUUAUUAUGAUAAUGUUUAAGAUAGUUUAAAUUAUUUUGUUUUUUUUUCCUGUUUGUGCAACUUUUAUAGAAUUAUUUCAAUAAAUGGAAUUUGUUUUCGUA